CACACGCAGAGUGGUGUCAACAAAGCAAACAGCCCAACAUGACUCUCAGUCAUGUCUCGACUUUCCUGGGUCUUUUAGCAGCAGGGUCUGCAGUGACCGUUCUCUAUCCCAGCCUUGGCAGCUCAGAGACCCUGACUUGUGAAUGCCCGGACCACCAGUGUCAGAAGGUGUACUGGUACCGUUUCCUCCAGGAUACUGAAGAGUUCCAGUUCCUCAUGUUCGGUAACAGUGUGAACGCUGUGAAGCAUGCAGAGGGCAUCGACGCAACCCGCUUCAAGUUGUCUGCAAACGAGGGGGCCAAGAUCACGUAUUCACUGCGCAUCACCGGCCUGCAGAAGAAUGAUGCGGGCAUCUAUUCCUGCAUGUUUAACAGUCCAAAGCAUGAUCAGAAAAGCCAGAUGCCAGCUGGAUACUACAUCAGGCCUGGAGAACACCCGCCCACUUCACCACCUCCAACAGUCAAGACUCCAAAGAAAACAACAACUCAGGUCUGCCCACCUAACAAUCAGCCAGUGAAAGGCUGUAAACCUCUGGUGCUUUGGCCGAGUGUGGGUGUUCUUCUGGUCCUGGCAGUGGUUCUGAUCUCAACACUGUAUUACUUCAGCAUUGUGCUGCAGGCGACCUCACUGAUGUUGCCUUACUUUCUCUCUGACGACGUGAACAAACUCGCCUGA